GCUGUAGCUGUGGUCCAUUGAUUUUAUAGCAGUUCCUUUAGAUAUCUCAUUCGCAGUCAAUUUAGACCUUCCCGAAGGCUGUUAAGCAGUGCAACUGAAAGAAACAUGGCAUCUGGAGAACCCAAAUCGAAGAGACUCCGACUUUCCACGAGGGGUGGGAAAGAAGAGAAGGCAGUCUCAGAGAAGAGCCCAGCAAGGAAAAGCCUAGCCAGAAAGAGCAAAGGGAAAAAGAGUCCAGUUAAACUCAGUGCUAACUGUCUGUUUGGGAUGGGGAACCCUCUACUGGACAUCAUAUCUGUGGUGGACAAGGACCUCCUAGAUAAGUAUGGACUUAAGGCCAAUGACCAGAUCCUUGCAGAGGACAAACACAAAGAACUGUUUGAAGAGAUUGUGAAAAAGUUCAAAGUGGAAUACCAUGCUGGAGGAGCGACCCAGAACUCUAUAAAGAUUGCACAGUGGAUGAUCCAGGAGCCCCACAAGGUGUGCACGUUCUUCGGCUGCAUCGGGAAGGACCGCUUCGGGGAGAUCUUGAAGGAGAAGGCAGAGGAGGUCCAUGUCGACGCCCACUACUAUGAGCAGGAGGAGGAGCCUACCGGAACCUGCGCCGUCUGCGUCACUGGGGACAACAGGUCUCUGGUUGCUAACCUGGCUGCUGCUAACUGUUACAAGAAAGACAAGCAUCUAGACCUGGAGGAGAACUGGAAGCUGAUAGAGAAGGCCAGGGUCUUCUACAUUGCUGGGUUCUUUCUGACUGUGUCAGUGGAGUCCAUACUAAAGGUGGCCAAACAUGCAUCAGAAAACAACAAGCUGUUCAGCCUCAACCUGUCCGCCCCCUUCAUCAGCCAGUUCUUCAAAGACGCUCUGAUGCAGGUCAUGCCGUACGUGGACGUGCUCUUUGGCAAUGAGACGGAGGCGGCUACCUUUGCUGAUGAGCAGGGCUUUGAAACUAGGGACAUCGAAGAGAUCACCAAGAAGACCCAGGCUCUGCCAAAAGUCAACCAAAAGAGACCGAGGGUUGUUGUUUUCACCCAGGGCAAGGAAGGAACGAUCAUGUGCAAUGGUGACAAGGUGGAUUGUUUUCCUGUGCUGGAGAUUGAUCAGAAGAACAUCGUGGACACUAAUGGAGCUGGAGAUGCCUUCGUUGGAGGCUUCCUGUCAGAGUUGGUCCAGGAAAAGUCUCUGGAUCAGUGUGUGAAAGCGGGUCACUAUGCCGCCAACGUCAUCAUCAGACGAGCUGGAUGCACCUUCCCUGACAAACCUGACUUCCACUGAAAAGCCCCCCCCUAUCAACCUUCUUCACCUGACCCAAACUCCCCCCAACCUCUCCUCCACUGCACCUAGCUCAGACGAUCUCCUGCAAUUAUUUCUACCCCUCAAAUUAACCAAAUCUCCUACCCUUUUCUUUGCCAACUGAUCCAUCCGGACCCUUAAAUGUUUUCUAUCCAUCCAUCUUCCAUGUGUCAACCUGCAUGCUCACUUGUAUGGGUGUUAUGGUAGUCUUCCACUGGGGGGUGAUCUAAGGCCAAGCAGGUCAUAGAUUCUGAACUGAGAGAGUGCUAACCAUUUAGGGUAAAUCUGGCUUAAGGCUGCUAUUGAUGUUCUAUAUAAGUAUAGCUAUUUCAUGUGUCAUUUGGUGCCAACCUGCUACAUCGUUUGCCUCAGUGUGUAUGUUUGUGUCUCGAACUGAUUUUAAAUCAGCUUUACUGCCCAAUAACCCCCCCACACACACACACUCACAGCUCUAGUUUCCUCUGUAGGAGCCAAGCUAAAAGAAGAUUUUACUAAAUGGAGUAUAAUACGGAACAUGAGACGAGUAGAGGGUUUCUUAUAUACUAGUGUAAU